AUGUCUACCAGCAAGGUUAAGGCCGGCCAGCUUUGGUCGAAGAACAAGGAGGAUCUGGUCAAGCAGCUCGGUGAGCUGAAGACGGAGCUCGGCCAGCUCAGGAUCCAGAAGAUCACUUCCUCCGGCUCCAAGCUCAACAGAAUCCACGACAUCCGCAAGUCGAUCGCUCGCGUCUUGACCGUCAUCAACGCCAAGCAACGCUCUCAGCUCCGCCUCUUCUACAAGAACAAGAAGUACCUUCCCCUCGACCUCAGGGCGAAGCAGACCCGUGCCAUCCGCCGCCGCCUGUCCCCUCAGGAUGCCUCAAGAGUUCUGGAGAAGACCAAGAAGCGACAGCAGCACUUCCCCCAGCGCACCUUCGCCGUCAAGGCCGCUUAA